AUGACUUCAAAUCUGAAGCCAGCCUAUGCUUACACAGUUUUGUAUGUGAAAGACGUUGCCAAAUCAGUAGCUUUUUAUGCCAAAGCAUUUGGUGUUAACGUUCGCCGUUUAGAUAAUUCCCACAGAUGGGGAGAACUGGAGAGUGGACAGACCACAAUAGCAUUCACCCAAAUCCAUCAACAUGAGACCGAUGAGGUCACAGGUGAGGUUCAAACAUUUCAAUCCAAACAUGAACGUGGCCCAAUCGAGGUGUGCUUCGACUAUGCUGAUGUGGAUGCCGCUUACAAGAGGGCAGUGGAGAACGGGGCAGAAGCAGUGAGUGAACCAGAACAAAAGGAAUGGAACCAGAAGGUUGGAUACGUUCGGGAUAUAGAUGGCAUGGUAGUUAGGCUUGGGAGCAAUGUCACUCCCCCUCAACAUUAA